AUGUUACCAUAGUAAUAUGUUUACCCAAAAGGCCAAAAUAGCUAAGAAGUAAACAGCUUAAUGCCAGAUAUCCCGGAUGAAAGAUAUUUAGAUUAUAUAGAACAAACUCCUAAAAGAAUAGCUCAUUACUACUUCAAUGAAUUAGUGAAUUUACUUUAAGAUAGAGAGCAGAAAGAGCAGCAAUAAAUAAAAGAUUAAUAAAUUAUUUUAACUCUUGUGGAGUUGGGAUAUAAUGAAGCAAAUUAUCUAGCAAUUUUAAAGGAAAAGAAAAAUUAAUUUAGCAACUUAUCCCCUUCUGAAUGUGUACAAUUAAUAAUCCAGGCCAUUGAGGAGAAAUAAAAAGAAAGCCAACCUAAAUUAGAAAUUAAAUAAAUAAAUUUAAACAUACAAGUUGAAAAAUCUUUUUCAAUGUCUAACAAAAAGCAUUAAGAUAUCAAAAGUAUCAGCAGCGAUAGUUAAAGCGAUGAAGAUGAAGACGAAGUGAGUGAAAUGGAAUCAUAUUCAGAAGCACUUUUUACUCUUAAAAAUGUUUUGGCAUAAAAAAAAAAGGUAAAUCUUAGUGAAUAAUAAUAGCAGUAGCAAUAAAAUGCAAAUGUGGAAGGCAAAUUCAAGACAUGCGAUAUAUGUUGUAAUGAAAAGUUAGAAAACUAAUUUUAUGUUAGAGAAACUUGCUCACAUGAAAUAUGCAAAGCUUGUAUUCUUGAUUAUCUAAAUUAUAAAAUUGACAACUCACAGGUAGAACAAAUUAAAUGCUUUAACUGUAACUGCAAAGAAUAUUUUUCAAGUUCAGAAGUAGAGAGUAUUAUGUAAGGGUUUGAUGCUAAAAUACAAAAAUAUCAUAGGAUUUUAAAUAGAAAUAAAAUACUGAAAAAUCCUAAUAAUAAAUUUUGUACAAAACCUGAUUGUGAAGGAUAUAUAACACUUGAUUCUUCAUCUUCUCAACCUUUUUAGCUCUGUAACAUCUGCUAAACGGAAAUAUGUGUAAAAUGCUUUAGUUAAUGGCAUCCUAGAGUUUCCUGCUCUUAAAAUAUGGAAAAAAAUAUCUAAAAGUAUAUAGAAAAGAAUGUAGUCUAGCUCUGUCCUAACUGUAAAAUAAAAAUAGAAAAGAUGACUGGAUGUAAUCAUAUUACUUGCUCUUUCUGUAAGCACGAAUGGUGUUGGUUGUGCAAAAGCAAAUAUUCUAGAUCCCAUUUUGAAAAGUUCAAUCCGAUUGGAUGUCCAGGAUUCUAUAAAUAAAAGCAAGAUUGGCCUAUUUAUAAAAUCUAUCUAUACAGAUUCUUUUGCUUAAUAUUUUGGAUAUUUUAUUGCCUUGCUAUACCAUUAUUGUUUUUCUUUUAUAUCUCCUUUAGAUAUAGCUGUCUUUUCAUAAAGAAAAAAAGAUACACCUAGGGAUGCAAAAAAAUAUUAUAUUUUUCUUUUGGUGCUGUUUGGUUUUUGCUAGGACCGGUGCUUUUCCCUUUUCAAUUAAUAUAUUAUUUAUAUACUAUAAUUAUGAAGAAUUGCAAAUGUUGUAAAAAACCGAAAAUACUGCAUACUAUUCAAAGACCAAGAAAUAGUUUGCUUUUCAAUUUAUCAGAUUAAAGAUCAAUCCAUCAAGUAAGGGAAAUUGUGAAUGUUUAAAGGAGAAGUUUGUUAGUUACUAACUAAUAACGAAGCGGAAGUAUAUAAAACUCAGAUUAAAGAUCUAUUCAUAAUGCUUCUGUCUUAUAACAGCUAUAAAGAUUUUAAUAAGCUAACCCUUACUAAAUAAAUAGACCUUAUUAAUCCAAUAUAAACUAAAAUAAUCUUUAAAACUAAGAUGAAAGAGAAGUAGAAGAGCGUUAAGAUUCUCCUUAUCCUGCAUUUUCUCAUUUUUCACCUCAGAGAAGCGCAGUAAACAUAAACAUACCACGCUUUUCGCAAUCUCCAUAGAAGUUAACAAUUAAAAAUUUUGGUCAAAAACCAGUUCCUAUAGAAAACAAUAGUGAAAAUAAAGAGACAGAGUCUAAUUAAAAAAAAAAUUAAAGCCCUAAUAUAAUAUAAAAAAAGAGAGAAAGAAGAAGGCCUUAAUCUCUUAUAGGAAUUAAAAGCAUAAAAACUAUGGAUUGGAAAAAUCAAAAAUUUUCUUCAAUCUAAGAAGAUAAUGAAAAUCAAAGCAACCAUUAAUUGCCUGUAGCACCAAAAUCGUCAAUGAUUUUAGAAAAAAAUAAAACAAUUAAAGUAAUUCAUCAAGUAAAAUCAACCUAAGAUUUAUAACUUUAAUGA